AUGGCUGGCAAGAAGAAAGAAAUUGCGCUCCAGACCAUAAUAACCAACGAAGAGCAGUGGGAUGAAAUGCUGAAGAUAAAGGGUAUAGUAGUAAUAGAUGUGUAUCAAGCUCGGUGCGGUCCGUGCAAAGCUGUGCUGAAUUUAUUGAAAAAACUAAGGAACGACUUUAGUGAAGACAAUGUGCUACAUUUUGCCGUGGCAGAAGCUGACAGCAUCGAAAUUCUGAAACCAUUUAGGAGGAGCUGUGAACCUGUGUUUCUUUUUUGUGUUCAUGGCAAAAUUCUUGCAAUGGUGAAAGGUGUAAAUGCUCCUCUCAUAACUAAGACAGUAACAGAUUUAGUGCAAGAGGAGAGGGAAAUUGCAGCUGGAGAGAAGGAACGUGCUGAGGUAGAAGAACUCAUUUUUCAUGAAGAAGGUUCAUCAGAAGGGUCUGCUGAGGAGGUUGUAGAGGAGGAAGUACUUACUUAUUCUGUUGGAAUUAUAAAACCUGAUGAUGUCUUAGCAGGACGUGUAGAAGAAAUUAAAAGAAAGAUUAAAGAUGCAGGAUUUGACAUUGAAGCAGAUGAGGAGAGAAUGCUUACUGAAGAGCAAAUCAGAGUAUUUUAUGCCCGGAAUAAAGAUGAGCCUGACUUUAAUGCAUUCGUUCAAUUCAUGAUGAGUGGACCAUGCCAUGUUUUGAUCAUCACUAAAAAAGAAGCAACUGGCGCUAUUCCUCAGUGGAUAGAACUACAAAAAACAAGUGAGACUGGUGAGCCUGAGGAGCCAAUCAAGUUGCCAGGACUCAAGGAAACUGAAAGUCUGGUAAAUUUAUGUGAUGUGCAAGACAGUAUUGAAGAUGCCAGCAGACAGCUCGCCUUCUUUUUCCCAAAUUUUCAUAUUGAUGAGGCAGGACAUCAUGCUGCUGAAAGGACUUUGGCCAUAAUUAGACCUACUCUCUUGAAGGAAAGGCGAAAUUCAAUCAUUCAAAGGAUAAAGGAUGAUGGUUUCCAAAUAGCAAUGCAGAAAGAAAUAAUUCUAUCUGAGGACCAAGUGCGUACAUUUUACAAAGAGCAUGUAGAUCAAGACUACUUCCCUGUCCUUCUAGAGCAAAUGACCAGUGGUCCAACUCUUAUAUUGGCUCUAACACGGGAAAAUGCUGUAUCACACUGGAGAAGUUUACUAGGCCCAAAGAUCCUUGAAGAGGCUAAGGAAAAUCCAGAGAGUUUGCGUGCACAGUUUUUGUUUGAAAAUGUACCUAUCAAUCAGCUGCAUGGCAGCUCUACACCCAGCGAUGCUCAGAAGGAACUAGAGUUCUUCUUCCCUGAGGAACAUACCUUUGCAUUAAUCAAACCUGAUGCUGCUAAGACUCAUAAAGAUGAAAUAAUGAAAAAAGUUAAAGAGGCUGGAUUUAGCAUCUCAAAGGUAAAAGAACAAUCUUUGACUCGGGAAAUGGCCGCACAUUUUUACAAGGAUCACGAAGGAAAACCCUUUUUUGAUGAGCUGGUGAAUUUUAUGACACAGGGUCCAUCAGUAAUAAUGGUCUUAUCAAAGGAAAAUGCCGUGGAAGAAUGGAGGAAACUAAUGGGUCCAACUGAUCCAGAAGAGGCAAAGAAGACCUGUCCUGAAUCAAUUAGGGCUCAGUUUGCACACGAUAUUUUGUCUAAUGCUGUUCAUGGUGCAUCUAAUAUAGAACACGCAGAGAGAAGCAUUCAUUUUGCAUUUGGAGAGCUGGAUGCAGACUAAACAAUUAAGAGACAGUCUCUGAAAAUUGAUGUUCAUGUAAUUAGAUGGAUUUGUCUACCCAA